AUGAUUGGUACAUAUGCAGAAAUCUUGCGAGACUAUUUGAACGUAUUGAUUCCCGAGCAUCGACCAUUUCAUUGCACAUAUGCAUAUCUUUACGAGGAGCCUGCUAUCCCAAAAACCAUUGCUGAUUUGAUAAAGAUGGGAAUGGAGCAGCUAAUUUUACUGCCUCUCUAUCCACAUUAUUCGUGUUUUCGAACGGGUACUAUGUUGAACACAGCUGUUGAAGCUCUUGAUGAACAGACAUUACCACUGGCAAAAGAUGGGAUAAAUGUGAUGGAUCACCGUGUGAGGCCUAUGUCCCAUAUAUCAUUUCGCUGUAGUACCAUCGAUCGAUGGAGUACUCAUCCUGCUCUCAUCAAUUUUUGGCAUGAUUUGCUGUUUUCCGAACUGGAGAAACAUGACAGUUUGUUGUUUGUUGCGCCACAGAUGGGUGUUGAUUUGCUUUCGCCUCCGGAUUACUCACGAAUUCUGGCGCAUGGCUUUGCAGAAUUGAUCAAAAACCACUUGAUGGGUCGCAGGGCAUCUGCGCGGCUCUCAUGCCGAUGCAGAUUUUGCUUUAGCUCACGUUGCUCACUGCGAAAAGCAAUGCUGUUGCCGGAAAAGAUUCAUUCAAACAAUAGAUCUUUCGAAGGGAAGAAACUGACUGAAGAAGUGAUGAAGCAGCAGCAGAUCACAGCGUAA